AGGAGAGAGAGAGAGAGAAUCGGAAGUGGGAGGUUUUGAAGUGUUGUGAGAAGUAUAGAUUUCAAUGGCUACGAAUGAAGAGAUGGGUAGAGAACAUUAAUGGAAGGCGAAGGAUCGAUCGAUCCAUCAAUGGAGGAGGACACCUUUCGCAAAUGGAUGUCAACAAAUAUCUUCCUGCCACCACUUCAGCCUGAAUCAUGGGCGUUCUGUCUCGGACCACUACUGCCGCCUCCGCCACCUCCACCUCCACUCGCUCCUCUCUCUUUGCUCCCCUUCUUGCCAUCGUCUGUUUCUCCAUAGUCCUCCUCUUUGAGGUGGAGAGCUACAUUUCACGGACCAAAACAAUCGCAGGUCACAACUUAGACCCAACUCCCUGGCAUCAAUUCCCGGCCAAAAACUUCACCGACGAAUCCCGUUUAACCCUUGCAUCCAAAAUCAUACAGUGCUCCUAUUUCUCUUGCCAUUCUUCGCCGGAGAAUAAUAAUACUAAUACUGGGUCAUUCUUUAAAACCGACAAGGCAGAGAAAUGCCCGGAAUUCUUCAGAUGGGUACAUCAAGAUCUAGAGCCAUGGGCCGAAACCGGCGUAACUCUAACUCAUAUACAGAAAGCCAAAAACCACGCAUCAAUGAGAGUGGUCAUAGUGGAAGGGAAACUCUACGUGGAUUUAUACUACGCCUGUGUGCAGAGCCGGACCAUGUUUACUGUUUGGGGAUUCUUACAACUUCUUAGAAGAUAUCCUGGUUUAGUCCCCGACGUAGAUUUGAUGUUUGAUUGUAUGGAUAAACCCACCAUUAACAGGACCCAUUACGGAUCAUUGCCGUUGCCCAUGUUUCGUUAUUGCACCACUCCUGAUCAUUUCGACAUCCCAUUUCCAGAUUGGUCUUUCUGGGGUUGGCCAGAGGUUAACAUUGGAGCUUGGGAUGAAGAAUUCAGUAGCAUUAUUCAAGGUUCUUCACGUCGAAGCUGGCGGAGGAAAUGGCCUGUCGCUCAUUGGAAAGGUAAUCCUGAAGUUAGCUCACCUAUUCGCCAGGAGCUGCUGAAUUGCAACCACUCUCGUCUUUGGAGGGCACAAAUUCUUCGUCAGGAUUGGGAGGAAGAAGCCAAGGAUGGAUUUGAGAAUUCGAAACUCUCUAGCCAGUGUGAACACCGUUACAAGAUUUACGCAGAAGGAUUUGCAUGGUCUGUGAGCUUGAAAUACAUAUUAUCAUGUGGCUCACUUCCACUUAUAAUAUCUCCUGAAUAUGAAGAUUUCUUUAGCCGUGGACUCGUCCCCAUGAAGAACUAUUGGCCUAUUUCCACAACAAACUUAUGUCCCAACAUCAAAUACGCGGCCGAGUGGGGCAAUGCGCAUCUGCGCGAGGCGGAGGCAAUGGGGAAAGCUGCUCAAGAUUUCAUGGCAUCUAUGAACAUGGACCGCGUUUAUGAUUACAUGUUUCAUCUUUUGAACGAAUACUCAAAACUACAAAGAUUCAAACCCGCACCACUUUCAUCUGCCCUGGAAGUCUGCCUUGAAUCAUUGUAUUGCUACGCCGAUGAAACCGAGAAAGAGUUCCUGGAGAAAUCGGCUUCCAUGACAGCCUCCGCCCCUCCUUGUACACUUCAGCUAAAAGAUGAUAACAUCAUUGAGAGCUGGUUAGAUAAUAAGAUUAGAGUCAUACAAGAAGUUGAGAACUAUGUGUCUAUUGAUUAUAUUUGAUUUCAGAUCAUUGCUUCUUCUUUUUGUCAAUAUCUAAGCUUCACCUUUUAUAGAAUUUAACUUUUCAUCAAACUAGUG